UCGUCAACGCUCUGGCCUCACGUGAUUGGGCUUCUGACGCGUCUUGCUGACAUGUCUUGAUGACAUGGCGCGUUUGAUAACGCUAAACCGGUCGGUUCAUGAGCAAACCGAAAACCUCUCUUUGAUUUAGAGGGUUUGAAACUUAAAUCAAAUUCGUUUCGUCUUCUCCGUUGAGCUUUCUCUCCUCGAAGACGAUCACGUAAUCAAUGGCGAAAGCCAUGGAACCAAACUCGAAAUCCAGGAAAGAACUCGUCUUGAUCAAAUACGCCGUCUUCUCGCGACUCCUCGUUCUCUUCUUAACCAUUUCGUGGCGGAGCUUCCUCCAACCGUACGAUACAUCCGCCGCGCUCAACCCGCCUUGCCUGCAUCACGAAGAAGUCACCGAAGAGUCUCCUCCACUCAAUGCGGUCUCGAAGACUCUUGAAAACGGCGUCGUUUGGGACAGCGUGUAUUUCGUUAGGAUCAGUCAGUGUGGGUAUGAGUAUGAGCAGACUUACGCCUUCUUGCCUCUUCUUCCCUUCUUCAUCUCUCUUCUCUCUCGCACAGUUUUUGCGCCUUUGGUUCCAUUGAUUGGUCUUCGAGGUGUAAUGGUGUUGUCUGGUUACGUCGUCAGCAACUUGGCCUUCGUGUUUGCUGCUAUCUAUCUGUUCAGGGUUUCAGUUAUUGUCUUGAAGGACGCUGAAGCAUCAUUCAGGGCUUCAGUUAUGUUCUGUUUCAAUCCAGCGUCCAUAUUCUAUUCAUCAGUAUAUUCAGAAAGUCUAUAUGCUCUUUUCUCAAUUGGAGGAUUGUAUCACUUGUUAUCUGGCGCCAGCAAUGUAGCAGUUCUCUGGUUUGCACUCUCUGGUUGUGCAAGGUCCAAUGGGAUUCUCAAUGCUGGUUAUAUCUGUUUCCAGACUAUGCAUCGAGCAUAUGAAGCUUUAUAUCUGAAAAGGCGCGUUUGUUUGUGUGUGCAGGUUUUAGUUACUGGAUUACUUCGGUGCAUUUGCAUUUGUCUUCCUUUUGUCGCAUUUCAAGCAUACGGAUACUAUAACAUAUGUCAUGGACAUAAGCUCGAAGAAUUGAGACCUUGGUGCAAAGCAAAGGUACCUUUGCUGUACAACUUCAUUCAAAGUCAUUACUGGGGUGUAGGGUUCCUUAGAUACUUUCGGUUUAAGCAACUCCCAAACUUUCUGCUCGCUUCCCCAAUUCUGUCUCUAGCUGUGUGUUCAAUUGUAAGUUACAUGAAGACUAGGCAUGAGCUCUUCAUUUCGCUGGGCUUUCAAGCUACCGAGAAAGAAAAGAGAUCUUCUGCAAGGCUUUAUUCUCUAAAGGAUGCACUUGAACCAGAUGUUAUAACUUCAUCAAAUGAUAACCGUGACAUUAGGCAGCGAAAGCCGAGGAGAAAGGACGUGACUGUCAUCAAUGCAGCUGCGAAAUCCAACUCGCCAGAGACAACAGGAUACUUUUCAGCUGAUGUUUUUCCAUUUGUCGUCCACUUGGGUUUAAUGACAGCCACAGCGUUCUUCAUCAUGCAUGUUCAGGUUGCAACACGGUUCUUGUCAGCGAGCCCUUCUCUUUACUGGUUUGCAUCACAUUUGAUUGCAUCUCCUAGACAUAGGAAAUGGGGAUACUUGAUAUGGUCAUAUUGUGCAGCCUAUAUCCUCCUUGGCACUCUUCUCUUCUCGAACUUUUAUCCAUUCACUUGAUUCAAAAGCUUCAGCAUCUUUGUUGUUUCAUUAGAGUAUCAAGACGUUGGUUUACCUUUCCUAACAGCAAAAUUAACGGCUACUUGUCGUUAGUCCAGAGAACCAGCAGGUUUUGUAUUAGGUUCUGCUCUGCUAUUUGCUCAAUGUGAUCUCAUUUGGCAAGACAUUGAUAUCUUGUUUGUGACUUUUGUAAAAGAUUUUGUAUUAUGAAAUGAAGAUAAUGUUUGGUUUGAAGCAA